UUUCGUCUUAAUGAAAUGCAAAAGCCUGGUGAUGUGAUUCUGGGUGGGCUGUUUGAGGUCCACUUCACCUCUGUCUUCCCUGAGCGAACAUUCACCUCAGAGCCACAAGAGCCCAGCUGCAAAAACUUUGACACUCUAGGGUUCAGGCAUGCCAUGACCAUGGCCUUUGCUAUUGAUGAGAUCAACAACAACUCCAAUCUGCUUCCAAAUGUGACUCUGGGAUACAGUCUUUAUGAUAACUGUGGUGCACUUGUCGUUGGAUUCAGUGGUGCAUUGUCACUGGCAAGUGGUCGAGAGGAACAGUUUCUGCUUAAAGAGAACUGUUUAGGAGCCCCUCCAGUCCUGGGUAUUGUGGGUGAUUCCUACUCAACAUUUUCUAUUGCCACUUCCAAUGUAUUAGGUUUAUACAGAAUGCCCAUUGUGAGUUAUUUUGCCACAUGUACCUGCCUGAGUGAUCGGCAACAGUUUCCAUCCUUUUUUAGAACAAUCCCAAGUGAUGCUUUCCAGGUGCGUGCCAUGAUUCAAAUUCUGAAACACUUCGACUGGACUUGGGUUGGCCUUCUGGUCAGUGAUGAUGAUUAUGGACUCCAUGUUGCCCGAUCCUUUCAAUCUGACCUGGCUCAGUCUGGUGGAGGUUGUUUGACCUACUUAGAGGUUUUGCCCUGGGACAGCGAAUCAAGUGAACUCAGGAGGAUUGUACAUUUGAUAAAGACAUCAACGUCUCGUGUAGUCAUUGUGUUUGCACAUGAGUUUCACAUGAUUCAACUGAUGGAAGAGGUGGUGAAGCAGAAUGUGACAGGCCAGCAGUGGAUAGCAAGUGAAGCCUGGACAGCAGUUUCUGUGCUCCAGACGCCCCACUUCAUGCCAUACUUGAGUGGCACACUGGGUAUUGCAAUCCGUCGAGGAGAAAUACCUGGGCUCAGGGAAUUCCUCUUGCAAAUACGUCCUGACCAAAAUGACAACAACUAUGAAAAUAAAAUGGUGAGACAGUUUUGGGAAUACAUUUUUCAGUGUAAAUUCGAUCCAGCAGCUGAAGCUGGGGGGGCACCAUGCACUGGACAAGAAGAUCUAGAGAAUGUGGAGACUGAGAUUUUAGAUCUUUCUAACCUCAGGCCUGAGUACAAUAUUUACAAAGCUGUGUAUGCCCUGGCAUAUGCUCUUGAUGAUAUGCUGCACUGUGUGCCUGGGAGAGGGCCUUUCAGUGGGCACAGCUGUGCUACUUUGCAAACAAUGGAGCCAUGGCAGCUUGUACAUUAUUUGCAAAAGGUCAACUUCACCACAGCAUUUGGUGAUGAAGUGUCAUUUGAUGAGAAUGGUGAUGCUUUACCAAUAUAUGAUAUCAUGAACUGGCUGUGGCUCCCUGAUGGACGAACUGAAGUUCAGAAUGUUGGUGAGGUUAAGAGGUUGGCCUUCAAGGGUGAAGAACUCACAAUCAAUGAAGACAAAAUUUUCUGGAACUUUGAAUUCAAGGAGCCACCCCGCUCAGUGUGCAGUGAGAGCUGUCCUCCAGGUACCCGCAUGGCCAGAAAGAAGGGGGAGCCUGAGUGCUGUUUUGACUGCAUCCCUUGUUCUGAGGGGAAGGUCAGCAAUAUGACUGACUCUGUGGAGGUGACCAGCUGUCCAGAGGAUUUCUGGUCCAGCCCCCAGGGUGACCACUGUAUUCCCAAGGAAACUGAGUUUCUCUCCUACCAUGAGCCUCUGGGUAUCUGUUUGACAACUGCCUCAUUGCUGGGCACAUUUAUAUGUACUGUUGUCCUGGGAAUCUUCACCUGUAAUCACAGUACACCCAUGGUACGCGCCAACAAUUCAGAACUGAGUUUCUUACUCUUGGUGUCACUCAAACUAUGUUUCCUGUGUUCUCUGCUGUUUAUUGGCCGUCCCAGGCUGUGGACAUGCCAGCUGAGACAUGCAGCAUUUGGGAUCAGCUUUGUGCUUUGUGUAUCAUGUAUCCUGAUGAAAACCAUGGUGGUUUUGGCUGUGUUUAAGGCCUCCAAGCCAGGAGGUGGAGCCUAUCUCAAGUGGUUUGGUACUGUGCAGCAGAGAGGAACAGUUUUAGUGCUGACCUGCAUUCAGGCAGCAAUCUGCACUGCUUGGAUUGUCUUUGCCUCCCCCAUGCCUCAUAAAAACACUCAGUACCACAAUGACAAGAUAGUUUAUGAGUGUCUAGUUGGCUCCACAGUUGGUUUUGGAGUGUUACUGGGCUAUAUUGGCUUAUGCAGUUUUGGUCUCUUGGUGGCACUGUUUGGACCCAAAUGUUACAUAAUCCUGCUCAGACCAGAGAGAAACACAAAGAAAGCAAUCAUGGGCCAGAUGGGCAAUCUCCCACGACCCCUACAGCAGCCUCGCAAGGGUCAAGAGCUGGUCCACUGUUCCACGGCCAGGACGGAAUCCGCAUUUCUCAUCCUGAAUCCAAGGUUCGACAAUUGGUCAGAGCCUCCUUUCCAGCACUCUGGAACUAGAAACAGAUGUGAAGGGAGGAGGGCAGUUAUGGGGUUUUACCUUGACACAUAUUUGCUCAUGUGUUUGUGUCUUACCUUGUUCUUUUUCUCUUCCUCCUCUUUAGGCUCUCUGCCUUCCUCUCCUCCCUCAUCUUGUGAAUUACGUAGAACUUUUCGUCUUAAUGAAAUGCACAAGCCUGGUGAUGUGAUUCUGGGUGGGCUGUUUGAGGUCCACUUCACCUCUGUCUUCCCUAAGCAAACAUUUACCUCAGAGCCACAAGAGCCCAGCUGCAAAGGCUUUGACACUCUAGGGUUCCGGCAAGCCAUGACCAUGGCCUUUGCUAUUCAUGAGAUCAACAACAACUCCAAUCUGCUUCCAAAUGUGACUCUGGGAUACAGUCUUUAUGAUAACUGUGGUACACUCGUUAUUGGAUUCAGUGGUGCUUUGUCACUGGCAAGUGGUCGAGAGGAGCAGUUUCUGUUUGAAAAUAAAUGUUUAGGAGCCCCUCCAGUCCUGGGCAUUGUGGGUGAUUCCUUCUCAACAUCUUCUAUUGCCAUCUCCAAUGUAUUAGGUUUAUACAGAAUGCCCAUUGUGAGUUAUUUUUCCACAUGCUCCUGCCUGAGUGAUCGGCAACAGUUUCCAUCCUUUUUUAGAACAAUCCCAAGUGAUGCUUUCCAGGUGCGUGCUAUGAUUCACAUUCUAAAACACUUCAGCUGGACUUGGGUUGGCCUUCUGGUCAGUGAUGAUGAUUAUGGACUCCAUGUUGCCCGAUCCUUUCAAUCUGAUCUAGUUCAGUCUGGUGGAGGUUGUCUGGCCUACUUAGAGGUUUUGCCCUGGGAUGGUGAUACGAGUGAACUCAGGAGGAUUGUACAUUUGAUGAAGACAUCAACGGCUCGUGUGGUCAUGGUGUUUGGACAUGAGUUUAACAUGCUUCAUCUAAUGGAAGAGGUGGCUAGGCAGAAUGUGACAGGCCAGCAGUGGAUAGCAAGUGAAGCCUGGACAGCAUCUGCUGCGCUCCAGACGCCCCGCUUCAUGCCAUACUUGAGUGGCACACUGGGUAUUGCAAUCCGUCGAGGAGACAUACCUGGGCUCAGGGAAUUCCUCUUGCAAAUACGUCCUGACCAAAAUGAUGAUAUCUAUGAAAAUAAGAUGGUGAGACAGUUUUGGGAAUACACUUUUCAGUGUAAAUUUGAUCCAGCAGCUUGGGUUGAAGCUGGGGGGGCACCAUGCACUGGACAGGAAGAUCUAGAGAAUAUGGAGUCUGAGAUCUUAGAUCUUUCUAACCUCAGGCCUGAGUACAAUAUUUACAAAGCUGUGUAUGCCCUGGCAUAUGCUCUUGAUGAUAUGCUGCACUGUGUGCCUGGGAGAGGGCCUUUCAGUGGGCACAGCUGUGCUACUUUGCAAACAAUGGAGCCAUGGCAGCUUGUACAUUAUUUGCAAAAGGUCAACUUCACCACAGCAUUUGGUGAUGAAGUGUCAUUUGAUGAGAAUGGUGAUGCUUUACCAAUAUAUGAUAUCAUGAACUGGCUGUGGCUCCCUGAUGGACGAACUAAAGUUCAGAAUGUUGGUGAGGUUAAGAGGCUGGCCUUCAAGGGUGAAGAACUCACAAUCAAUGAAGACAAAAUUUUCUGGAACUUUGAAUCUAGAGAGCCACCCCAGUCAGUGUGCAGUGACAGCUGUCCUCCAGGUACCCGCAUGGCCAGAAAGAAGGGGGAACCUGAGUGCUGUUUUGACUGCAUCCCUUGUUCUGAGGGAAAAAUCAGCAAUAUGACUGACUCCAUGGAGUGCACCAGUUGUCCAGAGGAUUUCUGGUCCAGCCCUCAACGUGACCACUGUGUUCCUAAGGAAACUGAGUUUCUCUCCUACCAUGAGCCUCUUGGUAUCUGCUUGACGACCACCUCAUUGCUGGGCACAUUUAUAUGUACGGUUGUCCUGGUAGUCUUCACCUAUCACCGCAGUACACCUAUGGUACGCGCCAACAAUUCAGAACUGAGUUUCCUGCUUUUGGUGUCACUAAAAUUAUGUUUCCUGUGUUCUCUGCUGUUUAUUGGCCGUCCCAGGCUGUGGACAUGCCAACUGAGACAUGCAGCAUUUGGGAUCAGCUUUGUGCUUUGUGUAUCAUGUAUCCUGGUGAAAACCAUGGUGGUUCUGGCUGUGUUUAAGGCCUCCAAGCCAGGAGGUGGAGCCUAUCUCAAGUGGUUUGGUGCUGUGCAGCAGAGAGGAACAGUUUUAGCGCUGACCUGCAUUCAGGCAGCAAUCUGCACUGCUUGGCUUGUCUCUGCGUCACCAGUACCUCAUAAAAAUGCUCAAUAUCACAAUGACAAGAUUGUUUAUGAGUGUCUGGUUGGCUCCACAGUUGGUUUUGGAGUGUUACUGGGCUAUAUUGGCUUACUGGCUAUCCUCAGCUUCCUAUUAGCCUUCUUGGCAAGGAAUCUUCCAGAUAACUUCAAUGAGGCCAAACUCAUCACUUUCAGCAUGCUGAUCUUCUGUGCAGUGUGGGUGGCCUUUGUCCCUGCUUAUGUUAACUCUCCAGGAAAAUAUGCAGAUGCAGUGGAGGUAUUUGCCAUCCUGGCCUCCAGUUUUGGCCUCUUGGUGGCACUGUUUGGACCCAAAUGCUACAUAAUCCUGCUCAGACCAGAGAGAAAUACAAAGAAAGCAAUCAUGGGUCGUGGAACCACUUAG